UACCAAUCACUGUUUCCUUUAGCCUAUGGUGGAGAAAUUCUGAUACCCAUGUGCUACUUACCAGAUAUUUAUAUCCACAAACCCUUUGUUACUGUGUCUUUUCAUUUCCAUUCACACAACAAACACAAUAUACAAUAUUCUUCUCUUCUUUUCUUUGUUCUCUAACGCACUAUCUAUCUAUCUCUUUGCUGAAACGAUGCCGUUGUCUCUUGAAACCAUGGAAAGGUCAAGCAGCUUCAACCAAUACGACUCGAUCUGUGAUCAGGAUUUUCCGGAGGAUGAUUCUGAUACUGAUUCUUGUGUCUCAUCUUCUUCUUCCCUUGGGAGGAACAGUGAUUCAUCGGAAGAUGAUUCCUCUGACCGGGAAGAAGUUGAGAAAAACUCUUUCAAAGGGCCUUUGGAUACUAUGAAAGAUUUGGAGAAAGAUUUACCGGUCAAGAAAAGCAUAUCCAACUUUUAUAUUGGAAAAUCAAAAUCAUUCACAGACUUAGCAGAUGCAGCAGGUGCGACUUGUUUGCAAGAGAUAGUAAAAGCAGAAGACCCUUAUGCUAAAAAACGCAAGGAUUCACUAGCCCGUAACUUACUGAUAGGGAGGAGCCGCAGUUAUGCAAAUGUUGGUGGAAUAACAAACUCAAAGAGAACUUCAAGCUUAGGUCGACGAACAUCUUGUCUGAAUCUGAACAGCAAUGCUGACAGUGGUGAUGAGGGGAAGAGUUCCGCUUCUAGAUCAAUAUCUCCUCCUUGUCCACUUCCUCCCCUUCAUUCACGACCUAAUAGGUUAUCGGCAACUACUUCACUUCCUCGUCCUCCCGCACAAAAUCAUCCUUUGCGCUCAUACUCCUGGUCUGAUCUCAACUCUGUAGCUGAGGGUCAUGAUAUAACUGGUUUGGCCAUUUGUAGCGGAAACAAGACAAUAAAGUACACUGAUUUUUUUACAUGAAUUGAACAUUUAGCAAGUGAGUUUAUGAGUUUGUUUUGUAACGGAGAAUGUUAUCUAUGUGUGAACUCGUCUUAAACCUACCGAGUAGUGUUGUAUAUUAUGACUCUGGAAAACCUACUUAUUAGCAUAGACAAUUGUUGUCAAUUUUGAAAUUGGUUUGAUUGUUAUUCAAAGAUAUCACA